AUGCAAUCAGAAAAAUAGAAUAUCAUUCAGGUCACUGAUAUCGAAGCCGCAAAAUUAAAGAAUCAGGCUUUGGAAUACCAAAUUCUUUAAGUAGCCCUCUCUUAGAGUUUCCAAUCUGAUGCUAAUGAUGAGUUUUAUCUUUUAAGCACAAAAUGGCUUAAUUAAUGGAAGAACUAUGUUUCCUAUGAUGAGAUUGUGGCUGACAAGCCACCAAGCGAGUAUUUUGGAAGGAUUACACCUGACAUAAUUAAUAAUGAUCUACAAGACAAUGUACUAAUAAACUUCAAGUAUUAUCCUUUAUCGAAUCAUCCUUGGAACAAAUUUAUAAAAUAAGGCUUAUAGGAAAUUUUUGAUUAUGUAGUCAUCGAUAAGAAAAUUUGGAAAUUUUUUACAGACUCCUAUAAUGGAAUUCCAAUAAAUAGUAAAUUGGCGGAUGUAAAUUUGUUAAGAUUUAAAAGCAUCUUGCUUUAUCCAGCAAUAAUCAAAUAAAUAUGUUUAGGCAGAAUGCAGAGUCCAACAUUCGACAAUGAGGUGAUGUAAGUAGAUAGAAACAUGAAAUUCAAAGAUUAUUAAUCUUUGAUAUAAAAAACAGUGUAUACUUUUGUAGGGAAUUUUGCCAAAGAUAGCAGUGUUAGAAUUUGGAGAUAUAUCACAGACUAGAAAGAUCAAUAUCAAGCAUUAUAUGAUGAAAUUAACAAAUAAGUAUGCUAUUUAGAAAGUCAAGAUGAAAUGAGCUUUUAUUUUAAUGGAGAGCUACUUACACAUCAAUAGUAUGACUCCAUAAAAGAUAUCGGUAUUACUGAAACUCACCUCAUUGUAUUUGAAUUUAAAACUGAAGACCAACCAUGGUGUAUUAGAAAUUAAGCAGUGUAGAGAGAAGGAGAAUGUCAGUAUUGUCAUGCUUACAAAGUUCUAUAGUUUCCAUGUCUUUGCUAGAAAGUAGCUUACUGUCAAGAAGAAUGCAAAUAAAAAGAUUACAAAUCUCAUUUAUCUAAUUGUGAAAAGCUUGGCUCAGACGAUGAAUCAGUUAAAUACCUUACUCUUGCAUAAUCAUCAAUUAAGGGGAUUGUGGGUUUAUAAAAUUUAGGAAAUACAAGUUUUUUGAAUAGUGGAACCUAAUGCAUUUCCAACUCAUUUCCUUUGGUUGAAUAUUUCUUGAAGAAUUUAUAUUUUGAUGAGAUAAAUUUGGAGAAUCCUAUAGGUACACGUGGGUAAUUAGUAAAAAAGUUAGGAUCCCUCAUUAAAAGAAUGUGGUGUGGAGAUAGUAAGAUGAUAGUCCCUACAGACUAUAAAAAGGCUGUUGAAUAAUUUUAUCCAGUGUUUUCAGGUUAUCAUAUGCAUGAUUCAGCUGAAUUAAUAACCGCUAUUUUAGAUGGAAUUCAUGAAGAUUUAAACAGAGUGAAAAAGAAACUAUAAAUUCAAAAUAAGGAUUAUGAUGGUCGACCUGAUUUUGUUAUUGCUAAGGAAAGUUGGUUGAAUCAUCUGGCUAGAAACUAAUCGAUUAUUGUAGAUCUCAUUAAUGGACUAUAAAAAUUUACGUUAAAGUGUCCAACUUGCCAACAAGUUUCAAUUACCUUUUAACCUUAUUUAAUAGUAGAAUUAGACAUUCCAACUUAAAAAAAGACAACGAUUUCAUUCAAAUUUUAUGAAGAUCUGUUUAAAAGUACAUAAAUGACAAUUCCUUUUGAUAAAAAUAUAAAUAUUCCUUUAAAAGAAUAUUUGAAAUAUGUUGGUAGCAUAUUAAAAGUAGAUUCGUAGUUAUUUGGAUAUAUUAUUAAUACAGACAAAUCUUAUCAAUUUUUGGAUUAAAAUUAAUCUAUUGUUGAUAUAAGAAAGAGAUCAAAAAAGUCAUAACUUUGCUUUCGAAAAUUAACUGAACAUGAGAUUAAAAUGAAAAACCAAAUCCCUAUAUAAUUUGAGAAUUAAUAUUUUUAAAAUUCAAUAAGAAAAUCUUUUGAUUAAAAUGGUGUACUCAUUUGUGAUAGGUAAAUGAAGUUAAAAUAAGUUCACUUAUUAAUAUUUAAUCAUUUUAAUUAGUUUUUUUCUCAUCAUAAUAUACUUGGUUAUGGAGUAUACGUUUUAAAUUAAUAUUACACUUUAAUUUAUAGAACAAAUUAAAAUCCCUAGAAUCCAUGUAGAUUUUGCUAUGCUUAAAAUUGUGAUAAUUGUGAAGUCAAAUUCGAUGAUGAAACCAUUGAAUAGGUGAUGAAUAGAGCCUUUAAAAUAGAUCAAUAAGUAUCUUUUAAGAUAAUAAUUCUUUGGAAAUAAUGUCCAUUAGAAUAAGUUGGAUUAUCAGAUAUGUUUGAAUAUUAUAACAAAUUAUACAAACUUGAAGUUUAAGUUUAGAAUAUAGGCAAUAGUUUAAUUAACUAAAAAUCCUCUUAAAGAAAUGUUACUCUCUAUGAUUGCUUGCAAUAUUCAUAGAUGCCCUAAUAACUUAACAAAGAAAACACUUGGUAUUGUAAAAUAUGUAAAUAACAUGUCAAAGCAUUUUAAAGCGUUUAAAUUUAUAAGGCUCCUUAAUUAUUAAUCUUCAAAUUAAACAGGUUUAAGGCUAAUAAUAAAAUUUUUAAAUAAAAAAUUGAGGACCUUGUAAAUUUUCCAAUAAAUAAUCUUGAUAUGACAGAUUAUGUAAUUAAUUCUAAUACUCCUAAUGAAUUUUUGAAAGAAAAUGAAAGUAAUAAUGGAGAAAUAAAUAAAAAAAAAGUUAUCUAUGAUUUAUAUGCCAUAUCUAAUCAUUUUGGUGGAUAAGGAGAAGGACAUUACACAACCUAUGCAAAAAAUAAAUUUACUAAUAACUGGUACAAUUUUAAUGAUUCAAUGGUAAAUCAAAUAAUGGAAUCAUUUGUUGUAUCGGAAUCAGCAUAUGUGUUAUGCUAUUAAUUAAGAACAGAUGAAGAACAAUAAUGCUAAAAAAUAAAUGGAUGA